GCUCUCAUGUCAAAGCACACGCUCUAUAAGAUCUCUUUUUUUUCUGUUUCUCACACACAGAUCUGCCCGCAACUUUAUCAAUAAGAUCCCCGAAGCUUGGUUGUUUUCCUUCAACUGAAAACAAAAACUUUAUUAUUUUUUUAAUUUCGCUGACAGGCCGAUGAGAGAGAGUCAGCGGACGUCUGGCUGAAGAUGCAGACCUCGAAGAGCUUUCGGAUGGAUGAUUUUAUCGCAGGGUGGAUCGGCGGAGCUUCCAGUGUGGUGGUGGGCCAUCCUCUGGACACAGUGAAGACGCGGCUCCAGGCGGGGAAAGGCUACAAGAACACUCUGCACUGCAUUCUCACUAUCUACAGGAAGGAAACGGUCAUGGGUUUCUUUAAGGGCAUGUCUUUCCCGCUGGCCAGCAUCACCGUCUACAACUCAGUGGUGUUUGGCACCUUCAGUAACAUACAGAGACUCAUAAGCAAGUAUCGCCAUGGUGACGGGCGGCAUUCCUGCAGCAUGGCAGACCUGACUGUGGCCAGCAUGCUUACUGGUCUGGUGUCAGUGGGCCUGGGAGCCCCGGUGGAUCUGGUCAAGAUCAGACUGCAAAUGCAGACGCAGAUGGUUCUAGCAGAGAAUUUGCAACUUGCCGGCAACAUAUCGAAUGGCACCAACAUCCCCAUGCGCUCCAUCAGCAUCCCCGGGGGGGGCCAGAGGCUCUACCGAGGCCCGAUCCACUGCAUCAGCAGCAUCCUGCAGACCGAGGGCCUGCAGGGCCUGUACAGGGGGGCCGGGGCCAUGAUGCUGAGGGACGUUCCUGGAUACAUGCUCUACUUCCUCCCUUACACCAUCAUGUGUGACCUGCUGAAGCCAGACGCCUCGGCAAGCCUCCACCCUGGUUCCAUCUGGCUGGCUGGAGGACUAGCAGGUUCCAUUUCCUGGGUCACGGCGACGCCGGCCGACGUGGUGAAGAGCCGAAUGCAGGCCGACGCUCAACUCCACAGGAAGUACAAGGGCGUCCUACACUGCAUCGUCCACAGCUACAAGACGGAGGGCGCACAGGUUUUCUUCCGCGGGGUGUCGGUCAACGCCAUCCGAGGCUUCCCGAUGAGCGCCACCAUGUUCCUGACCUACGAACUCUCGCUGCAGUUCAUCAGGAGUCUCUAGGACGAAGGAAACGUUUCGGUGGGGAAAGGAAUCACGCUCAUGAGCCCCAGUUUCUCUGAGACGUGAGAGUUUUUAGUAGCACACACACAUCAGAACUUUUGAACAUGUCGCUGUGAAGUGAAUAUUUUCGCUCUCUGAUGCAGCCACUGCUGACCUUCUGGCCUCACAAAAGAGUGCUCUUUGAGUAUUGGAUCAAUGAAGUCUUAAACUCUACAUUUUAAUUACCAAGAAUUAGGACACCAAAGCCAUACGUGUCUUCCUGAGCAGAGCAUUGGCUCCAGUACUGAACAUGUAUGUGUGUGUUAAGCUAUAUAAUAUAUA